GCAAUUUUUGCCUCGUUGGAAGGGGCAUUCAGGAGGAAGAGCUGUGACGGUGGACUGUGGUGCUAGUAGAGAAAAGCUCAGAAGAGAAACCGAAAAGACAUCCGGACUCACUCACACGAAUGGUAUUCGGUCUCCUGUCAAGAAACGAUGUCAGUUGCUGAGGAACUUCCAGAUAUGGACGGAGCAGACCUCUUAGGGUUGCUGUUCCACGAUGGAUCUGCGGAGCCCUUUUUUCCAGACGAGAACGGGCUCAUUGAAUCCUGGCUGUCUGAACAAGAAAUGCUGACAGGUAUGGAUACUGAAGACUUCCUGUCCAGCUUGUUAGAUGGAGAGGACAACAUGGAGGCCAUCUGUCCCUCUCAUUCCCCCCUGGGCAGCGACAGCGGCAUUUCUGACGACAGCAGCACCGGCACAGGAAAUAACAAUCUGCUGAGUUGCCCAAGUCCUAAUGGCAGCGAUAGCGACAUCGUGCCCAGUCCCAGUUACUCUCAGCCCAGCCCGGUGCACUCUGACCCUGCCCUGACUUCAGGAGAGCUGCAGACUGAGAGCCUCGAGGCCUUGACGGUCCAGGCAGACCACAGCUACUCUCUGCUGCAGAGCGGAGGGAGAGACAUGGACAUGCUGCAGAGCGUGAGGGCAGAGAAGCCAGAUACUGAUGUCUUCAUUGAUCUGGAUGACCUGGUGACUGAGGACAUGGAGGAGGACGUCACCACUGAGCUUCCCUGCACUCUGUCCAUAGAAGAUUCAACACAGGAUUCAACACAGACCAGCAACACAGACCAGUUCGUGUUUAAAGAGAUUGUGCUCACCGAGGAGGAGAAGCGGCUUUUGGCAAAAGAGGGUGCGACCAUUCCCUCCCACAUGCCUCUCACAAAGGCAGAGGAGAGGACUUUGAAGAGGGUCAGGAGGAAGAUCCGCAACAAGCAGUCGGCACAGGAGAGCCGCAAGAAGAAGAAAGUGUAUGUCGACGGACUGGAAAACAGGGUUGCCAUCUGCACGGCACACAACCUGGAACUGCAGAAGAAAGUCCAAAUGCUUCAGAAACAGAACAUGUCCUUGAUAGAGCAACUGAGAAAACUGCAGACCAUGGUGAAGAUGUCAACUAUGAAGGCCAGCACAACCAGCACCUGUGUUAUGGUGUUCCUGCUCUCUUUCUGUCUCAUCAUCUUCCCGUCAGUGAAUCCAUUCGGUGGAAACGCUGAAAAGAAGGAACUCUACACGCCGUCCUCCAUCAUCUCUCGAACCUUGCGCUCGCUGCCGCCAGACAGCAGCGAUGCCAUCUCCUACCUUGAACCUGGGGAGGACGAUCUCGUCUUAGUGUCCCAAGCAGAGGUGGAGAAUGUUAAAGCUAUCUUUGCGGGCGGUCAGAAGAAUCACACGCCGGACUACCAGAGGGUGGAGCAGUCUGACUCGGAAAGCGGCGUCAACAGCAACUCUUCGGCAGACUUCCCCAAUCCUGCUCAGGCAGCGGAGAUGAAGCCGGGGCCUCCGGGCAGCGUAGGGGCCUUACAGGAAGGGUCCAUUGAUCCUGUAGUGGCAUCUGCUGUGGCGUAUGAGGUCACGGGAUCCAAGGAGAACUGGAUAGACCGUAACCCCCCUUCUGUCAUAUUGCAGCAGCACCGCUCUGAUGAGAUGUAGUAGGGACGUGUUGAUUAUUUUAUCCAGCAGGUGGAGCAAUUUUCCUAAUGUCUGAGGUACCAGAGACACUUAAAAAAAGGAGGAAGGGAAAUUAUUAUUUAUUCAAAUAUAGGAUCAUCCUGUUUGUCCCCGCUUUUCCUCUUUAGCAGCCUUCAGGUAUACACACAGUUACUUAAUUUGCACUUUGUUCUAAUUUCGGUGUUUCUGAAGGCAAGAAGAACUGGAAUGUAAUUAACAUACAGUAUAUGCCUGCGCUGCUGCAGGCUACAUGCUACUGAUGUGACCCUUGAGCCUUUAUAUUGUGCAAAACAGUGAACAAAAUUGAUAAAAAUUUAAUGGCACCACCUUCAGGAGUGGCAGUGGAUUACUUCAGGACAACUUGACGGCAUUAUCCUAUAUGAUCAAAUUUCAGGGAGAGCUUUUUUUUUUUUUUUUCACUAUGUCUGAUCCCCCUCCAGCACACUUAGUUAACGUCUGCUGCUCAUGAAUGACUCUCCAAAAAUCAUAGUUUACGUUGCCAUAGUAAAUUGCUAAGAAGAAAAUUAGCCAGUGUUUUUAUUUUCUUUUGUAAUUGCAACCUAGUCAGUAACACCCAAAGCGCAGUAGAAGAUAGGCAGCUUGAUUCUCAUAAAGCUUGAUCCGGGUGGUUGGUUGACCACUGUAACGCUUAAGCCAUUGCAGGACAUUUGGCCAUUUUAGAAGACUUGUAAAGUUCGUUAGUAUUUCCCUUGUAACAAGGGUAUCCAUGCUUCUUUUCAUUUUGGAAUGCUUUGUUUUGUUGUUGUACAGUAAAGCAAGACAGAAUAUAGAAAAAGACACGAACUCUCGACUCUUAUCAAUGUUAGGUGAAGCCCAAUCUGCCCCUGCUAUCGCUUCUUUUAAACCUCCAUGGCACAGUUCUUGCCUUUAUAAACAUGUAUGAAAGACCUUUGCACCCGUGUGCACAAGAUAAGGGGUUUAAUAUAUUUGCUCAGUAAACUGUUUUGCAGUUAAUACGUGCUCAAAAAUGUCAUGACCUGUUCUGUCAGUGAAGCAUUUUUGUCAUUUCUUCGUUGUAUUUCCUUUUCGUUACUGUCAGUAAUAUAUGGGAUCUAAAUGGUAUUGAGACUACUUUUUUUUUUUUUGUCCUCCUAUUUGACAAGGUGAUGAGAUUUUAAAUGUUGAUCAUGUUGUACAAAUGCACUGACAUUUGACAUAGUCCAAGAAUGGAAUGUAAAUAUAUGAAAUGAUUGUAGCUCUUUCUGUACAUUUGACUUCUUUAUGUAUAAGACAUGUCUGAAUAUCUAUAAUAAUAAUAAUAAUAAACUUUUUUAUAUAUCAGAAUGAA